AUGACAAAAAAUAUCGACAUAGGUUCUUUGGUGUCUGAGCCAACAAAACUGUAUGGAUUGGAACCUACCCUCGAAGGGAUAGGUGAGCUAACGUUUGGUGGAACAUGCAGCCUCGAGGAAAAAUUUCAAUCAUUUGACCUGGACAUGGGACUUUGUAAUAUAUACAAAAUCCAACUCCCAAUUCGACCAGAGCUUCAGGAUUGUCUUAGAUGUGUUUAUGCAUCCGAUGAAAAAAUAAUUGCAGCAUUAAUUGCACCCUGUUUGGAAGACCUUGGCUGCAGCCUCAGCUUGUUUACGGAUUACACAAUUAGGGGCUCAAUUUCACACAAUGACACAUCUGGUACGGUUUGGGAGUUCAACCCACUCCUUGUUCGAUUGUGUGACAGUGUUGCAGGUCAAGCAAGGCAACAUGGUAUGGACAUUGGUGGAGUAGGAAUUGUACAGUCGAUUGAGGAACGCUGGGACUUGGCAAAGACAAAGCAUACCAAAGACGAGAUCCUUGUCAAUCACCAACCUUCAAAAAUCCAAGUUCUACACACCAAAACCGAAAUGAUAAACUCUAAAUCAAAAAUCACUAACAGUACAUCCCCAGACUUUGAGUCACGGCUUCAUAACGCUUCAGACUACUCAGUUCCUCACAGGCUUGGCCGCUGCAACCACCAGUGCGACUCAUGUGGAGCGCUCCAUUGGGCUGCCGAGGCGACCUUAGUUGACCGGACCAAGCUGAAUAAAUCGUACUCAAUGUGUUGCCAGAAGAACAAAGUUACCUUGCCUGACUUUCACGAAAGCGCUCCAAAAUACCCAUCGAUAUUAAGGAGACUCCUCACUGGGAAAGGCGAAGAGGAAGUCAACUUUCAACAGUUUACACGGAUGUAUAACAACUCAAUUUCCUUCACUUCACUUGGCGCCAGGAUAGACCGUUCCGUCCAAGGACCAAUGGGAGUCAAUAUAUUCAAAAUCUCAGGAGCCUUGUCGCAUAGGAUUUCGAGCCUGGAACCAGAUAACAAUUCACCGGGGUUUUCUCAAAUUUACGUUGUUGGGAACAAAGGAAUUGAAGAAGCGGAGUAUAGGCUGAACUGCGCCCUUGGUCAGAAAAAGGACAACGUGAAAGGUGUUAAAAUUAGACAAGGAAUAAUCCUAUCACUAAUUAACUUAAUGGAGAAAAUUAAUCCAUACGCUAAUAUAUUCCGCAAUGAUCUCGAAGUCCUGUCGAAAGCCAAAGCAGAAACCAUCAGCUUGCAAGGGGUACCCUCAGCAGGAGUGGACCCAAAGCGCUACAAUAAUCCAACCGUGGACGAAGACAGACAAGUGGGUUCACUCGAAUGGUUUGCCUAUUUGCUCUUCAGGCGCCGAAAGAGGUUCUCACCUAUUUUGGCAGACUCAAACGACGAGGUGAGAUCAUUUGUUGAUGGCCGCUAUAUCAGUGCGGUUGAAGUAACUUGUCUGGCAGUCCAUGAUGAAGAUGAACAACUCGUGUAUUUUGAAGGCGAGGACGGUCUUGCGGGCCAAAUUGAAAGUGGGAAAGCAAAUCAGACUACAUUGACGGGCUACUUUGAAUUAAACGCUAAAAAUGCACUUGGAGCGGAUGAUGUCCCAGCACGGUCAAUUUUUUAUGAAGAUAUUCCGGCGUAUUUUAGUUGGAAUAAGGCUGACAAGCGUUGGAUUCGGAGAAAGAAGAGGGCAUUAGCCAUUGGACAAGUCUUUUCAAUAUCCUACCUUGCCGGUGAAAGGUUUUACCUACGCGUCCUUUUGCUUCACAGGAAAGGAAUGGUGUCGUUUGAGGAUUUGAAGACCGUCGAUGGCAAAGUGUCCCAAUCGUACCAGGAUGCUUGCAACGAUCGUCAAUUAAAUGAGGACGAGCGAAGAGUCCUGGCGAUAUUCCGGUUGAAGACAUUUGUUGAAGGGAUGGGCACAACCCUCGAUUCUUGCGGACUGACUAUCACGAAAAAGGAGAAACGACUACUUCGAGAGAUACAAGCAGAGCAGGAGGGCAGCAAAAAUCCAAACAACAUCGCCGCGAGGCUGUGUGGCAGCUCUGCUUCUCAGGAUGGGCCAAACAGCUCACUCAACAUUCAAAAUACCGAUUCAUGCACCUCCUGGUGGAGAAUGUACAGUGGAGGCGGACACAUUGCUGGCGAAAAAUUAAUAGCUGCGAGACUCAUCAUUUGGGAUGAGAUAGUUACGAUUCACAAAAAUUCAAUUGAUGCAGUUAACAAGUCGCUGAAGAGGAUAUGCAACUCCGACGCUGAGUUUGGUGGGAAAGACGCAAUUUUCUUGGGAGAUUUCCGUCAAAUACUUCCAGUCGUCAAAUACAACGAACACCCACCUGCUUUUGCUGCAACAAUAAAGUCGUCAAAGAUAUGGCCUUCAAUUAGACAAUUCAAGCUCACAGAGAAUAUGCGACUUGCCCAAGCAAUAGGCGCUUCAUCAGAUGACAAAAAUCGAGUAUUCGCAAGGGCUUUAUUGAUAUUAGGUGAGGGGAAGAAGCAGAAGUCAGAUUUCAGUAUUGUCACCCUCAAUCACAUGAAUAUCGAAGCGUUCAAAUCAAAAGAUGAAAUGCGACAAGAAUUGAUUGAAUUCGUCUACGGUAAACUUGCGAGUCAGGGUCAAAGGACCAACAGGGAAAAGAUUGCUUAUCUGAAUGAACGAUGUAUUUUGGCUCCACUCAAUAGGGAUGUGAAGAAGCUGAAUCUAGAAAUAUUAUCCCGUCUCCCUGGCGUUACAACAACCUUAAGAUCAAUCGACACCCCAGACCCUGAUGGUGUUGGAAGCUUGCCGGAAGAAUGUCUCAACAAACUCAGCAUUGGUGGAUUCCCAGAUCAUGAGCUUCAAAUCAAGAUUGGUAUGCCUCUGGUCGUCUUGCGUAACAUGGACAUCAAGAAUGGUGUUUGUAAUGGGUCUCGAAUUAUGGUUAUUGCUUAUGGCGUUGGCUUCAUUGUUGGAAAAUUGAUGUCUGGGCCAUGUGCGGGAAAUGAGAUCACCUUACCCAGAGCGAAACUUCACAACAAGUCAAACGCUCGGUCAGGCCUUUCAUUUUUCCGGUAUCAGUUCCCAGUUGCCCCAGCUUAUGCGAUGUCAGUCAAUAAAAGUCAAGGUCAAACUCUUGGCAAGGUUGGAGUUUAUCUGGAAACAGACGUCUUCUCACAUGGCCAACUUUAUGUUGCUGUUUCCCGAGUGUCAGAUGUGGCCAAUCUUCUUAUUGUAAGGCCUGCGAAUCGGUUGGGUAUCCUCAAUGUAGUCCACAGAGGCCUUUUCAAGAUGUGUAGGAAGCGUGAAGUAAGCAAGGCUAUCUGCAAUCUUAAUGGUGGAGAAGUGGAGGAUUUUCAAUUUAGUGUGGAGGUGGAGAACACAGUCCCUGUGAUGGGAAACAUUAAUUAG